AUGACACGUAUCCUGUACACCCCGAAUCACGGGGGUGAUAACCGCCUACUCUACAGCAUCAGCCAGGGCAGCAAGAGCAACAGCAUCCCAAGCCUGGACACCUGCUAUAACAUCAACACCUCAUCGCCCACCACAACCACCACCAGCAACAACAACAGCAAAGGCGUCCUCAACCACAAUCACCUAUACCAUCACCACUACUUGCAGAACCAACAGCACCACUUCAGCAGCAGCUCCAGCAACAUCAUGUCGCUGCGGGAUACGCCAGGACGCGGUGGAGCCCCCGUGUCCAGGAGUCACUCAUUCGGCGGCGUCUCCAUUGCAUCCAACAUGUCCUCGACCUCGACGACCCCUUCGGUCUUAGGCGAGACCAUCAAGAGGAGUGCUCGGAUCUACACUAAACCGCAGAGCGGGUCCCGAUCGUUCAGGAAGUCGCCAAAGAUUCCCAAAGUCCCGCGACCCAGCAAGGCGCUGAUGGUGUUUGAUUGCGUCAAAAGGGGGAUUGGGGAGUUUAUCCAAGCCACCCAUGAGGAUAUUGCACAGCUGAUGGCAAGUGAGAGCGCCACAUCCACCGCUCAGGGAAGGUUACAUGAAACAGAUAAGCAAAUCAAAGCAGCAGAGAGGUACUUGAAGAGGUUGGAGUUUCAUCUGGCAAAAAUUGAUGAGCUCCAUGACUGCUACCUGUUGAACCAACAGCUGAGAGAAGGUGCCAGAAACAUGGCUAGAGCCUACAGUGCCACCAGCUCCCAGAGUCGCAAAGAUUCCCUUGCUAAUGUCAAGUACGGGUACAAGGAAUGCUCACAGACAAUGUGUGCUAUUGAAGCUCAACUAGAAAAUAUGCUGGGCACUUUCAGCUGUAGAUUGAAAGGAAUGGCUGGCUUUGCCCGGCUGGUUCCUGGCGACGUGUUUGAAGUGGUCAUCAAACACGGAGGUCAGAAGUGGAAGACCAAGGGAAGGAUUGAGAAAAAUAACACACAGCGCUGGGACUCACCCGAGUACACCUUCAAAUGUUUGGUUGGAGAGACACUUAAUAUUAAGGCAUCGGAGGUCCGAGCCUUCAAGUCAGUCCAGCUCGGUCAGAAGAACUGUGAGGUCUGCCAGCCUUCCACCCACGACACCAGCAGCCAGGGUCUGUUUUCUGCAUUCCCGCAGCUGAUGACAGUCAGCAUCAACGUCCAUGGCUCCCUCAAACUCAGCAUCAUCAUCACCUGGAACCCCUUGGAUGGAAUGGAUGAAGCUGUCACGUACUUCGAGCCACCUGCACGUCCUUCGGGAUCAGCUUCCAGACGGAGGCCAAUGUCAAUGAUUGCUACUAAUGGCAGCUUGUUUGGCAGUAACUCAGAUUUGUCGUCAGGAUCAGAGCGGAAAUUCCCUAGUCCUAUGCAAAGUUUAAAACAGAGGGAUGACAGUGGCAUCUACGGCUCAGCCACGUCGCUGCCAAGCCACACAACUCAGGACUCUCGUCAGUCUCACAGCCUCUCGGCCUCUCCCAUCAUGCACGGGCAUCGAGACCCAUCCUGGACACCAGACCUCCACUCUAACCGCCUGCGGCCGCACAGUCCUGAAGGUGUGGCAAGUUCUUCCUCCUCAUCUUCAUCAGUGUUCACAUCUUCCUCCCUGUCUGGGCCCGUACCUGAGGUCACACAGUCUAUGGUGCCAGGUGUGGUAGUUCAGGCGGAGAUGGUGUCACAUGAUGCUACAGUCAGCGUAGAGGAGGCCUUGGGCAGCCUGACGACAACACUAGAGGACUUUCUUGGCCACUACCCCGAGCUGCAGAAGCUGGAGGAGAUGGUGCAGGUCAUUGAGUCGCUUGUUCGGAAAAAAUCAGCUAGAGGUUCAAGGUCAUCCAGCAUGAGUGUGUCAAUAGAAGGAGCCAUAGAAGAGGCUUUUGACUUUCUGAACACAGAAGAUGGGCUAGAUGAUCUCGAUGAGGAGGAUGAGAAUGAAGAGGAGGAGAAUCUAGAUAGCAGCAAAAUGACGCCACAGGUAUCAAACAUAGAUAAGUUUAUUAUGAGCCCAGAGUCAACAGCUAAGACCUCUGACUCUGGCAUUGAGUCUCUGGCCAAGAGACUCCAGGAAGACACACAUUUGGGCUCCAGUGUUGGAUCCAGCCCAGUGCCGCCAUCAAGUGGCAACGAACAAGUGGACCAAGCUCUUGUUUUCCAUCUGACCUACUGUGAUAAAUUAUUAGAGAACCUGGGCAACUACGGGCCCUUGAAAUGUCGAGAAUUCUAUGCACUGGAUCACCUACAGAAGCAAGCUCAAGUCCUGGAGAAGCUGGUGGAGAUUGCCAAGGCUGGCACAGAGGUGGACUUGCAUGCAGUGUUGGCAGCAGAGACCCCAGACAAAGCUUUGCGGGAACUGUGGAUGCUGUGUGUAGACCAGACCCCAUUGUAUGUCCAUCCGGAGAAAAUCAUUCAUGUCAUGGAACAGAAGUUUGGGGCAAACCUCAGCGAGCAUCAUGGAGUUAAAUCUAGCAGAGUGUUCUGCCAGCUGAUGGCUCGUGUGCUGGAUGUUCCGUCAUACAUCCCUGAGCUAGGCCACACCUCCAUCGUCACACUGCAUCAGUUCAUGCUGUACUUCCAGGAUGGGAGCGGGCUGACAAAGCUGGACCGCAUGGCAGAAGAAUUGUGCCUCUUGGACCGCCUGAAUGCCAACUCUAGUGACAUUGUCAUUAAGGCUAUUCUAACUUUACGAGAGGACCUGCCACCUCCUGCCUGCCUGAAGAUGCUGACCAAACUCUUGGUCGGCAACACGCGAGAGACCCAGCAGUCGGCCACAUCUUAUCUCAAGAUCAUCAGCAGGGACAAAGCUCAAAGGGACAAGGCCAUGGUGGUUCUAGUGGAAGGACUAGAGGAUCACAUUGCAGAAGUCCGGGCUGGAUGCUGUGUUGCUCUCACAAUUAUUGAGGCAGAGGAGAGCAUUGAACAGCUGGUCCACGUAUGUCAGUCAGACAGCUCAUCAACUGUACGCAGAAAGGCUAAAGAAGCAUUAUAUUCAUUUGGUGAGGUUGGAAGACAAGCUUUUGAGGAAGCCCAGCUGAGUUCGCAAGGUUUUCAGGGACUUCAAGUGCGCAAACUGUAG